UCCAUCCUUCCAUCCUUCCAAUCUAAUAAUUGUGUGUGUGUGUGUGUGUGUGUGUGUGUGUGUGUGUGUGUGUGUGUGUGUGUGUGUGUGUGUAGUGUUUUGCGGUGCAGUCUCUGGGUUGGGUAGAGAUGGCAGAGGAGGACCUGUCGCCAGGGAAGAGUAGCGUUGCCGUUAACAACUGUAUCAGACAGCUAUCCUACUGCAAGAGCAACAUCAGAGACACUGUCGGCAUCUGGGGAGAGGGUCAGGACAUGUAUCUGGUUCUGGAGAACAACAUGUUGGACCUGGUUGAUCCGAUGGACGACAACGUGCUUCAUUCUCAGCCAAUAGGAAGCAUUCGUGUCUGGGGGGUCGGCCGUGACAAUGGCAGGGACUUUGCGUACGUAGCGAGGGAUAAGGUCACCAGGAUUCUGAAGUGUCAUGUGUUCCGUUGUGACACGCCAGCUAAAGCCAUCGCUACCAGCCUCCACCUCAUCUGCUCCAGGAUCAUGUCAGAGCGUAAGCAUGCUAAAGCGUUAUCAGGGGCUUUGUCAGGGGGCGUGUCUCUACACGGCAGAAUGCAGUCAGGACUAGACCUCCCACUACAAGCAGAGUUCCCCUCUCCAAAGACAGAGUUGGUCCAGAGGUUCCAGGUUCUGUAUCUGGGUAUGAUGCCAGUAGACAGAUCUAUAGGUAUGGACAUAGUGAACGGGGCGAUAGACAGUCUGAUUGGUUCUUCCAGUAGAGAGGAGUGGAAAGCUGUUAACCUCAACGUGGCUGAUGCAACCCUCAUUAUCAGCAACCACCAGGAGGUGAAGGAGGAGGAGGAGGAGGAGGAGGAGGAGGAGGUGAAGGAGGAGGAGGAGGUGUUGGUGGAGUGCAGGGUGAGGUUUCUGUCCUUCAUGGGAGUAGGGAGGGACGCCCACUGCUUUGCCUUCAUCAUGGACGGAGGAGGACGACGACGCUACGAGUGUCACGUGUUGUGGUGUGAACCCGACGCUGGACGGCUCUCUGAGGCCGUACAGGCUGCGUGCAUGUUAAGGUAUCAGAAGUGCCUGUUGGCCCACCCCCCCUCCCAGAGACCCCUCCCCUCCUGCGGCCGUGACUCCUCCCCCCUGGGCUGCGGCGGCGGUAACCACGGUAACGGCGGUGCGGGAGGAGAGACUGCGUCUCGUCGUGUCUCCAGCAGCGUGAAGAGAGGGGUGCUGUCCCUCAUCGACACCCUCAAACAGAAGGGACCGCUGCCCGCGGCCGCUGACCCACCGGAGUAACCACGGAAACUAAACUGACGUCGCGACUACGACCCGCACACCCCGGUAACUAUGGCAACGAACAACGCCGCACCUCGGUAACCGUGGAAAUCACUACUCUAGCCCAGUUGAACUAUGGCAGCAAAACGUAGGACCCCCCCACAUCACCUCGAGAGAGAGAGAGAGAGAGAGACAUAUAUAUCUACACCUGUUCAUAUAUUCACCUGUAUACACCUGUUCAUAUCUACACCUGUAUACACCUGUUCAUAUCUACACCUGUAUACACCUGUUCAUAUAUUCACCUGUAUACACCUGGUCAUAUCUACACCUGUAUACACCUGUUCAUAUCUACACCUGUAUACACCUGUUCAUAUUUACACCUGUUCAUAUCUACACCUGUUCAUAUCUACACCUGUUCAUAUCUACACCUGUCUACACCUGUUCAUAUCUACACCUGUUCAUAUCUACACCUGUUCAUAUCUACACCUGUAUACACCUGUUCAUAUCUACACCUGUUCAUAUCUACACCUGUCUACACCUGUUCAUAUCUACACCUGUUCAUAUCUACACCUGUUCAUAUCUACACCUGUAUACACCUGU